AUGGCUCCAUUUAAUCAACGUCCUGAAAAUGCUCUUAAAAGAGCUGAAGAAUUAAUCGCAGUUGGACAAAAUGUGGCCGCCUUACAAUCUCUACAUGAUAUUGUUCUUUCGAUACGGUCACGGACCAUACCUUUACCCUCCUUCGAACCAAUAAUGCUUCGAUUCAUUGAAUUAUGUGUGAAUCUGAGAAAAGGGAAGACUGCCAAAGAAGGCUUAUAUCAAUUUAAACAUAUUUCACAAAGUUAUAGUGUCGCAACUAUUGAGCUUGUCAUUAAAAGAUUUCUUGAACUCGCUGAAGAAAAAGUAACUACUGCACAAGCAAAAGCUGAUCAAAUCACUUUGGAAACCGUCGAUGAUCUUGAGGCAUCUGAGACUCCAGAAUCAAUUAUGUUAAGUACAGUUAGUGGUGAACAAAGUAAAGACAGAACCGAUAGAGCCGUGGUUACACCCUGGCUUAAAUUUUUAUGGGAAGCAUAUAGAACAGCUUUAGAUUUUCUAAGAAAUAAUGUUCGAUUAGAAGUCUUUUAUCAACAAACAGCACAUCAAGCAUUUCAAUUUUGUUUAAAGUAUACUCGUAAAACAGAAUUUCGACGUCUUUGUGAACUUCUUCGCAACCAUCUUCAAAACAUAGCAAAAUAUCCAAAUCAAACUAACUUGAUUAAUUUGAACGAACCAGAAACCUUAAAACGCCAUCUUGAUACAAGAUUUUAUCAGCUUAAUGCAGCUGUUGAAUUGGAAUUAUGGCAAGAAGCUUUUAGAUCCGUUGAGGAUAUUCAUAAUCUAUUGUCAUUAUCAAAAGGAUCUCCAAAACCAAUGAUGAUGGCCAAUUAUUAUGAUAAACUUACAAAAAUCUUUUUAGUUGGUGAAAAUUAUUUAUUCCAUGCUGCUGCAUGGAAUUGCUAUUAUACAUUGGUAAAAACUCAAAAUAAAUCGUUGUCUGAUGAAGAAAAUACCAGAAUGGCUUCUUUUGUUUUAUUAUCUGUUCUUGCCAUUCCUGUUAUCACUAAUUCUAAGACUCGUUUACUUGAAAUUGAUGAUAAUAAAAAUAAACAACAUAGACUUGCUAUUUUGCUCGGAAUGAGUCGUGCACCAACUAGGACUGGUUUACUUAAAGAGGCACUAAACAAACAUAUUCUUAGAAAAGUUCAACCUGAACUUAGAGAUUUAUACAACAUUCUGGAGGUUCAAUUUCAUCCUUUGUCAAUAUGUAAAAAAAUCGAACCUAUUGUCAAUCAUCUUUCACAAGAUACUGAAAUGGCAAAAUAUGUUAAGCCUUUACAUCAAGUUAUUUUGACAAGACUUUUUCAACAACUUUCACAAGUUUAUGAUACAGUUAAACUUGAUUUUAUCAUAAAUCUAGCAUCCUUUGCACCACCAUAUAAUUAUGAAGCUGCGACUAUUGAGAAAUUUAUUAUGAAUGGAUGUAAAAAGGGCGAACUUUCAAUCAGAAUUGAUCAUGCUACUAAAAGUUUAACAUUUGAGACAGAUAUAUUCUUAUCACCAAAAAUUACUGAUUCUGAUGGGGCCAAAUUACAAGCAUCACCUACAGAUCAAAUGCGUGAACAACUUUCCAAACUUUCUAAAUGCUUUUAUACUGCUGUUCAUAUGAUAGAUCCUAGUAUAGUCGAAGCCAAAAAGCAAGCUAAAUCACAAACUAUUGCGCAUGCUUUAUCUGGUAUGGAAGAUGAACAUAAUAACGCUUUGGCUCGUAAAGCCAUUAUUGAACGUAGAAGGGAGUUGUUAGAAACUUUAUUGAUGCGUCAAGAGAAAGAAGAACAACGGCAAAGAGCUAUUCGUCAAAAACAAAGAGACGAAGAAUUAAAACAACGUCAAUUAGAAGAGGCUAAAAAAAGAGAGUCGCUUAGAAGAAAGCGUGAAUAUGAAGCUAUCCAAAAAGAAGAAGUCAGAAAAUUUGCCGAAUCUCUUAAAGCUAAAAAAUUGAAUGUUCAGCCAGAGGAUUUGGAAAAUUUAGAUCCAGACCGUCUGGUACAAUUACAAGUUGAACAUAUCGAAAAAGAAAAAAAAGAACUUGGUGAACGUCUUAGAACCCUUGCAAAACGCAUGGAUCAUUUGGAACGUGCUUAUCGUAAAGAAGAAAUUCCUUUGCUUGUACAAGAUUAUGAAAAACAAAAGAAAACUGACCGAGAGUUACACGAUGAUGCUCGUAAAAUGCAACUUGAAGCAGCGGCUUCCAAACAUACUGAGAAUCUUAAAAUCAAAUCAAGGUUAAUGAGAAUGUUGCCUGAUUAUCAACAGUACCGUAAAGAUAUUGAAAAUAAAAGAUUUGAAGAAUUUGAAGAACAUCAAAUGGAACGUGCAGAAGCAGAACGUCAAGAAAAAGAAAAAGCUCAAAAGGCAGAAUAUGAAGCUAAGAAAAGGAAACUUGACGAACAAGCUGCCAAGCAACGCGAGCGUGAGGAAGAAGCUGAACAAAGAAGAUUAAAACGUGAAUUGGAACAAAAGGCAAAAGAUCUUGAAAGACAACAAAUGGAAGAUAAAGAAAAAAAAAAGGCUCAAGAUGCUCAAGAAAAAAUAUCCGCUCCCAAAAGUAGUUACAUUCCACCUGCACUUCGUAAGCAAUUAGAAUCUACAUCACAAUCACCAAUUAAAUCACAGGGUAGAGUAGCAUCAGGUCGUGGUGCCAAUAUCGAAGAACCACAACGCCGUCGUACUGAAGAAACAACAUGGCGAAGGGGUGAGACAGUUCGUAGCAAUACAAUUGAUACCGAUACACUCCGAACUGAGCCAGGAAUAAUACGUAAGCCAGAUCCACAUAGAUCAACUGAUGACGGUUCUUGGCGUAGUAGACAAGAUUCAAGCCGUGGUUCUGAGCGUAAAACAGGUACAAGUCGUGGUACUGAUGACGGUUCUUGGCGUAGCAGACAAGAUUCAGGUGCUGCUGAUGAUGGUCCAUGGCGUAGAUCAAAUUCAGGCCAUCACAAUUUUGGUAAUAUGACACAUGAAAAUUGUGAAACCAAUAUUUGGCAAAUGAUGGAUAAUUCUUUGGAUUACAUGAGAUUUCAAAAUCAUUGUCGUCUCAAAUCAUCUUGGGCUAGAAUUAUUAAACGGUAUCAGGAUGUGAGUGACGAGGAAGCAGAUGUGAUAGAUCUUAUAACGCAAGAAAUAAUAAUUAAUCGUGGCAUAAUUCAAAAUGACAACAUACGUGUAUUAGGUGAAUGUUCUGGCAAAUCUACAGAAUUUUGCUUGGAUGGAGAAAAAGGAAAAGACACAGAAUUAGAUGUUAAUGACAAUGACAAUGACGAUGAUCAUACAUGGAAAUUAGAUGCUGCUACCAUUGAUAUUAUGUUGGAUGACACAAGUUCAGAAGAACUUUUAUAUAAUAAAGAAGAUUUUUCAUCGCAUAUAGAUUAUAACAUUGAUGGACUAUGUAAAGAUUUUGAAUCAGAAGAAUUAUAUAUGACAGAUGACGAGUAUUCUGGCGACGAAGGUUCAAUAUAUAACAGCAAAUAUUCUAAUAUACAAGAUAAAAAUGAGCUUAAUCGAUCAUUUCUAUCAUCUUCAGAAAUUACAUCUAAUACAUCUAAUUUAAAGAAAAAGGAAAAACAUUCUAAAUUUAGAAAACAUAAAUGUUAUAUUGUUAUAGAUUCAGGUUGUGAAAGUUUAGAAGAAUAUGAACCACAAAUAAGGAGUAAAAUAGUAUCUUACGAUAUAAUAGAAUCAGGUAGUGAAAGCCUUGAGGAAUUAUUAGUAGGGAGAAAACGAAGGAAAUUAGGAAAUACACUCUAUAAUAAUAAAAAGAUAUAG